AUGGUGAGGGCCACGGGCCUCAUGAGCGUCGAGGGGCACGUCGCAGCCGACAUCAGCGCCCACGCGGGCGUGCACCUCCGCCUGGAGAGGACUCUGGAGGAGUCCGAGGAGCAGAUGCGCCCCCAGCUCAUCAGCUGGAACGCUCAGGGCACUGCGAAGCACAGCGCCGAGUACUUUGCAGCGACGCUGCGCGAGCAGCACGACUACGACGUGGCCAUCCUCCAGGACUGGGGCAAGACUACGAGGCUGGAUGUCGGCGAGGGCGACCUCUACCUGGUCGCGCCGCGGGCCGAGGGGCAAAAGCAGAUGGGGGCGGACGAGGAGCGCUGGAUUGGGGGCUCCCCAGUCGGUCAGCGCACACGUCGCGCCGAGAUGUUGACGAGACUUCCCAUGCAGCACGGCCUGGCGGCGACGAACGCGUUCACGGCGGCGGCCAGCGGACCCACCUACCAUUUCGAUUUCAAGCGCCCGCCAGUCCAUAUCGACUGUGCCAUGAUACCCGCUCGCGACAUCUGGAAGGUCAGCACCGCGCUCGAGGAGACCACCGACUCGCGCAAUCCGACCACUAGGAAGGUCCCCAAGCUCCCCGAGGGCCACGAGCUCAUGCAGACGCUGCGGGUCGUAGAGGCGCGUCGGCGGGCCACCCGCGACCGCGUUCAGCGCGCGAUCUACAGCAAGGGUAUCAUCAGGAUCCGCAGGAAGAUCUGGACCUCAAACAGGGCCUUGCAGCACUGUCUCCACGAGGCUGGCAUCCCCUUGUACGAGCGCCUCGCCGAGCUCAGCCUGGCCCGAUCCAGGGAGCUCCUGGAGCGCGAGUAUGGCAGCGCCUUCAGGGCCAGCGACGGGGAGGAGCCUGUCGGGGUCUCUGCCUACCCGACCCACUUCACGACGGAGGAUGUACUCGAUAUCCCGCCCUUCUCGCCCGAGAUGCUCCGCGAGUCUCCGUGCGACAUGAAGGCCGUGCAGGCGCUAGGCGUGGGCGGGGUGGUGCGGGCCCUCGACUCGGGCGUCCUCGCCUCGCUCGCGGCCGUCUUCGUGAACCGCCCCCGCGGGGUGCCCGAGUAUGCCAGGGACCAAGCAUGGUCGAAGCGCAUCAUCCAGCUCAUGAAGAAGAAGGGAGACAUGCACACGCCCAAGGGGAGUACCUUCGAGAAGCUUUACUCGGUUGGCCUGAUCAAGAUGCGCGCCAACAAGUUGGCCCUGCGGAGCCCACAGCGCGCCUAUCGGAAGGUCCACCGAGCGAUGGACGUGAUCUUCAGCGUGCGCAUGCUGGCGGAGAAGGCCAGCGAGUGGAACCGACCCAUCUUCAUCAUGGACGGCGAUAUCGAGGCGGCAUUCGACCGCGUCUCGCACCGCUUGGUCGAGGAGACACUGAGAAGAAGGGCUGUGCCAAGGCCCGUGGCCCUAGCCAUCAACAGGGGGUUGAAGGCCUCGGCGGUGAUCAAGAUGGGCUCGAUCCAGACGCAAACAGCACCUCGGACUCGCGGCGCUCGACAAGGACAUCCAGCCAGCACGAUCCUCUUCAAUCUAGUGCUGGAGGAUGCCUGGGAGGAGUUCCUGGGCGCAUGCGGGGCACGCGGCUGGGGCUGCGAGUUCCCGGGCGAGGCGGGACUUCUCUGCGCCGGCAACUUCUGCCUCGUUCCGGGGGUUUUCCUUGCCUCGGCUCUAUUUUCACCUUCGAUGGAAGGCGCCACAUCAGUCCAGCUUGUGCCUGUCCAUCUGCUACAGUGGCGCAGCAUGGCCUGGCUCCAGAGAGUGCAACGCGAUCACGGGUCCCAGACGCAUGGCCGGAAGUUCAUGGCCUGGCGAUGGGAGAUGGACCUCGCCCGACUGCUCGGUUUCGAUUGGCUCGCGGACGCAGGCCAUUGCAGCAAGGACAUCGAGUGGGUCCUGCGGGAUUCUGGCAUGUCCACGCGGUACGCCUCCACGGGCGUGGGGGACAAGGCCAUCUGCGUGGCGUGGCUGACGGAGAG